AUGAAUAAUUCUGGUGAUAUAAAGAGUACUCCUGGCUUUGAGUCUGAAUCGCAAAAUCUAUCAGAGACACCUAAUUCCGAUGGAACUUCUCAAAUCCCGGCCCCAACUACUAUCAGAACUAGGCGGCAUAAGUCUAAUGAUGAAGUUAUUCUCUCACCCACCUUUCCGAAACCAAAGUCAACAACCGAGCUUCGAAAGUCGCUGAGAUCUCGGGUUUUUUCCAAUCGAAGCAGUCAAAGCAGAAAAAGGGCCUUGACAGGAUCGCGUUCUAGACGUCAUGUGCUUAAAAAAGACGCACGUAAAUUAGCAAUUUCCCCAGCCCUUAUCACUCUUAAAAACUGUGUUUUCCAUGAGAAUGUUUGGUAUCGUGUUGGUGACAUAGUUUCACUGUUGGAUAUGGAUGGAGAGGUGUAUUAUGCUCAAAUAAGAGGACUUGCAACGGAUUUCGUUGGUGAUAAUUGUUGUUUUUUGACUUGGUUGAUUCCAGUCUCAGGUUGUCGAGAUGAAGAAUUCCGGCCUUCGGACUAUAUAAUUGAAAUAAGGAUCUUGGAAUAUUCUCUGAUAUGCGAUGACAAAUCCAAUGCAUAUACCCUUGGAUGGAAAUGUCAAUUAUAUAACCCUUGUGUAAGUAUGUUGUUAGUUUAACAUCUCUGUCGAGUUUUGAAUAUUCCUUCGUAAUUAUUAUUGGCAUAGACGCUAACAUGCUCAACAAAAAUAUUUACUUCUUUCCAUUAUACUACUUAAUCACGUGAUUUAAGUAACCUUCACCUUUAUAAUGAAUAAGUAAAGUAUCUGAAUAAUAUUUAACACUGAUACUAAAUUGUUCAUUGUUGUAUUUCGUCGACGAAAAC